UUCUUUGGACUACUAUCCACCCAAAAUCCCAAUCAUUUUGCUUAUAUACAUAAAGCAACUCCAAACAUGGCCUAAUUAUCACUGCUUGCUACCUUUGAAUCAAAACAGAAAAAACCAAACAAACCAGAAACAAAAAUGAUGAAUAGCAUCUUUGCAAAACUAUUAUUCUCAACUUUGUGCAUGCUCUUUGUCCUCAAAGCACAAUCUUUAAUAUUUGCAGACCAAAGACUAGCCAUAGUCUAUCCAGUGAUCCAAAACUUCAAGUCCUUGAUCACUUCAGAUCCAUUAGGUGUUACAAAAUCAUGGACAGGUUCUGAUAUAUGCAACUACAAAGGCUUCUACUGUGAUAAUCCACCAGAUAACACCUCAGCUAUUGCUUUAGCUUCUAUUGAUUUCAAUGGCUUUCAUCUUAGUGCUUCAACGCUCGAUGGCUUUAUCGAUAAACUUCCUGAUAUCGCUCUUUUUCAUGCAAAUUCUAAUAAUUUCAUUGGCACAAUCACUUCUAAGAUCACCAAACUUCCUUAUCUUUAUGAGCUUGAUUUAAGCAAUAACCAAUUUUCAGGUCCUUUUCCAAUGGCUGUUCUUGGUAUGAACAGUUUAACUUUCUUGGAUAUAAGGUUCAAUUUCUUCUCUGGUGGAGUUCCACAGCAGAUCUUCACACAAAACCUUGAGAUUCUUUUCAUCAAUGACAAUCUUCUCACUCAAAAGUUACCUGAAAAUUUAGCUUCAAGUUCAAUAUUCUUGCUCACUUUGGCUAACAAUAAAUUCGUCGGGCCGAUACCGAGGGAUCUUCCGAAGGCUUUGUCGGGUUUAACCGAAGUUGUUUUACUAAACAAUGAAUUAACAGGCUGUUUGCCUCAUGAGAUAGGUUAUUUUCAAGAGGCUGUAGUUUUUGAUGUUGGAAAUAAUCAACUUACUGGUCCUUUACCAUUUUCUCUAAGCUGUCUUGAGAAAGUUGAGGUUGUUAAUUUGGCUGGUAACAUGUUUUAUGGAAUUGUUCCUGAGAUUGUGUGUGCAGGUUUGAUGAACUUGGUGAAUUUUUCAUUGUCUGAUAACUAUUUUACUCAUGUGGGACCUUUUUGUAGGAUGUUGAUUCAAAGAGGUGUUCUUGAUGUUGGGAGGAAUUGUAUUCAUGAUCUUCCUUUUCAAAGAUCAGUGAUUGAGUGUGCUGAGUUCUUUGCAAAACCAAAGAUUUGUCCUUUUAUGUGGUUUCAUAGUUUCUUUCCUUGUAAGUUUCCAUUUCAAAAAUCUCAAGUUUCUUCUAUUCCUUAGAUUACAUUUGUGUUGCAAUUCUUUAUCUGCUUUUUUUUUGGAUCAUGUGUAAUGUAUAAUAAUUGUGCUGAACAUUUUCUAUAUGUUUCUACUUUAAAAGUCAAUGUAUGCAAAUGAUAAUAAUGACCGGAAACCUUAAACUUUUUAUCAA